AUGUUCAUGCCCCAUGGCUCGUGCCGCUGGCGAGCUUGGGGGGCAUACCGAUGCUUUCACAGAAGCAAACCACUUCUGGAUCAUGCGAAGUCCGGCAACUCUCCAGAAGUCCCACAGGAGCUUCUGGUCCCUGCCCAGAUCCUUGCAGUGAGAAACCUGACUCCUAAGAUCAAAGAGCUGAAGCUGCAGGUCGAAGAACAUUCAGGCUUCACCUUCAAAGCAGGCAAUUGGGUGGAUUUCUUCAUCGAUCAGGAUGGUGUCAGCAAGGUGGGCGGGUACUCCAUGUCAUCCAUUCCAUCAAGUCUUCCGGAGCUACGCCUGGCGGUGAAGACUUCCCGCCAUCCACCGGCCCAGUGGUGCCACACCUUGGCGCAGCCAGGGAAAUGGGUGAAGUUGAAAGCUGGAGGCAGCUUCUACUUUGAUGCGUACGAGCAUGGAAGGCAUCUGAAACAUUUGAUCUUCAUUGCCGGCGGAAUUGGCAUCAAUCCCAUUUUCUCAAUGCUGCAGGAGGCUUUGCACGACCAGCACGAGCUUCGCAGUUUGGAACGCAUCACGCUAUUGUACUCUGCAUCAACGGCCGACGAGAUGGCUUACAGGACGGAUUUGAUGGCCUUGGCUGCAACACAUCCUUUGCUUGACUUGGAGCUCCGCGUCACACGAGAUGAGACCUGGCUGGGUGCCCGUGGGCGUCUUAACAUGGAGCAGCUGCGGCGACACCUGGGAGAGGACAAGCGAUUGGUUUAUCUUUGUGGCCCACCAGCAAUGACUGACCAGCUUGUGGAAGACUUACAGAGAGAAGGCCUUGCAAUGUCUGACUUGCGCUACGAAAAAUGGUGGUGA